AUAAACCCGACUGGUCAGAUUUUCACUAUUGCUUAAAUAGUGCUUUACUGCGAAGGAUCGUGCACAUAUACGUAAUUCGCUAAGUGUUAAAACGGGCCGGAUGAAAUGUAUUUUUUUCCCUUCAGUCAGACAAUGACAAUGAAACUCCUGGUUAGUAGACUUAAGAAAUGGUUAGCUAAGGGAUUUCUGGAGUAUGACACUGACGAAAUGCAAGUCAACUACAAUCCUUGUCCGUUUAGAGAAGGAGCAGUAGCCGCAAAAGAUGCAUGAAGUCAUGCAUUCGAAAUAUAUUUACUUGCUCCUUUAUCCCAGGUCAUAAAGUGUUUAACUGAAUUUCUUCUUAACUACCAAUUUAGUUUGAUCUUUUGUUUCUUUUUGCGAAAACAGCUUAAGUUGUUCUUCAAGGUUACAUGAGGUGAUAAGGAUUUCGUUUUACAGAUUGACUAAGAAAUCUCAAAGUUUUUUCAAUCACCCUGCAUUUAUUUGACUUAGUUCAGUGGUAUUUAAACAACAGUUUCCUGAUUUCUAGCACUGAAGAUUCAGAAUUCCAAUACUAACCAAACACCGAGAAAAUAAGAUUGAAAAAGGAAAAGGAUUCAGUUUUUUUUUUCCGGAGUUCUGUUCCGUCAGAACAAAGAGGGAAUCGCGAGAGCCUGGGAUCAAUGCUUCUUUCUCGUCACCAAAGCCUCUUUUAUGGAUCUGGCAGCUAGAGGGAUCAGAGACCCUGGGAACUAGAAUAAUGUUUACGUCAUCGCAACUAAUUAGCACAAACUGGCACCUUGUUAUGAGGUUGUUAUUCUGUGAAAUGACAACAUUUAUUUUAGGAGAUUUUAGUCGGCUUCAAAAAAUGAUGCUGACCUGAAAAUUAAAAUCUACAUUUGGCGGAUGCGUUUGACAUUGAAUCAAUGAUGAUGCCUGAAUGUAUCUAAUUUAGCUCACAUUACACGGUUUUUAGCUUUUUAAUAUUCUGUAACCGCGGAAUUCAAUAAAAACAAUACCUUUUAAUUGCUAAGUAAGCUAGUGUUUGUAACUUAUAUUGAAGGUGUGUAAACGUAAUGCACAUAUUCGCUUUUUCGAACGGUAUAAUGCAUGACUAACUCUGUGUUAUGAAGUGAGGUUGCAUUUUCAUUAAAGUCGCAAUUUUAAAAUAACCGGAGCGGUAAAAAAAAACUGUUCGUCUUUUGAAGAGUUGAUCUUAAAACAGAUCUCCUGUGUAUUCAAAUUGCAUUUAAAAUCUCUGAUCCUGUCAGUCAUCUUCCACACAAAUGAUGACAUAAGUCAUGUCGCACUUUUUGGCUGAGAUGUUUUAGUGGUUCUUUCGACAUUUGUCCUCGGUGGCAACGACCACUGAAAGCAUGGUAGCGUUUGACAUUUGAAAUCUUUGAUUCAUUGACGAGUUACACCACAUUGUAGCUUGUUUUGGGUCUAUGAGUCUUUCGUGUUCAGCAAUGGAGUUUCAGCAGCGUGGAACCGAAAUGUCGUCCCCAAAUGAACCUUAUAAGAACCUGUCUUUUACCACGCUUUCGAGUCUGGAAUUUGAAGCGUUGAACAGUCUGGAUGAAAGCAUACGGUAUCACGAGACGAACGUUGUAGAUGAGAACGUUCAGUCUUGCAAGGAGCUGAAGAGAAAUGACGAGAAAUUAGGGAACAACGAUGUAAUGUUGCAGGAACCUUCAAACCAAGCUACUGCAAUAAGGCUACCAGGAAAAUUAAACGCUGGAUUUAUCCUGUUCGAUGGAGCUGAAAUAAAAUAUAUUUCAAAUGACAGUACAGAUACAGAAACACUAUCAAAACCGCCGGAACAGCUUAACACGGACGGAAGUUUUCGAAGCAAGAGCCCCGAGUGUUCUUCAAACAUUUCCGAUGAACCUGCAUAUUUGAAUUUAAGCUCUGCUGACUUAGUGAUUCGAGAAUCAUUCAAAGGCACGAAUUCGCGAAUUUCGCUGACACCCUACAAAAGACUACCAACCUAUGUUCAUUUUUCAACUCCGCAAAAAUUUUACUUUCUCUCCAUUGGUGCAGCGACCGUGUUAGCAGUGAACGCUUUUUACAUGAAUAUUGCGUUUUUGCUUCCACUCCUCGGAAAGCAAGUUUUGUCGGAAAUAGGAAUUUGUCAUCACGUUCUGUUCCUAGCGUCCAUUUUGUUUACAUUGUGCGGCAAGAAACACUGGGUACCAUUCCUCCCAACUGUUCCCAUUUGCCUCGUUUUGAUGGCUGUGUCUGUGGCCGUUCUCCCGUCCCUUGAGGCAGCUGGCAUUUCGCUGUCGAUCUUUGCCAUAUAUGGUGUAAUUACAGUCAAUGGUCUUUGCGCAGGUCUCAGCCAAUCAUUAGUCAAUCGUAUGAUUGUGCUAUUUCCUGGCGGGAAAAGCAGCUUGCUGGUACUACAUGGUGAAGGAAUUGGAUCCUUGUUACCUGCGGUGGUCCAAAUAAUAUUCUGUCUUUCCCUGGGACUUAACUCCACCGAACCACAGCUGACUGACUCUACCAGACUUUGCCUUUACGCGUCGUUCAGUGUCGUGUUUCUUGGAAUCAUAACAGGACUGGUAUCAUUCAUGAAACUUCGUAAAAGUGGGAUAUAUCAACUAUUUGCGGCUCGUGACUGCAUUGCUCACAGUCCCAAGAAUAUUACGUUAGGAUCUGUCCCAGAAACAGCCAGAAGACGGUAUCACACAAUAAAGUGGUAUUUAUUUGUGGAGUUUACGCUCUCAUUUACAAGUUACUUUGUGCUAUCUCUAACGCCAUCUAUUCAUGAAGCGACCUUUGAAAAUCCACGAUCAAACGCUGAACCUUUCUGGAAAGUGUACCUGGCUACAGUUUUGAUCGCAUUUUUCAGAGUUGGUCAUUAUUUAGGAGAAAUUCUAUCUCGUCAUUGUUGCAAUGGACAGCCAAAACUCAACAACGACGUAGCGAUGUUCCUUUAUUCAUCAGCGUCAAUUCUUCGCCUCGGUUUUAUCGUCUGUGCCGUGAUUUUCAUCCGUUCGCCGUUCUUGGUCUAUAACAAUUUGUUCAUCAUAAGUUUCUUCUUCAUGCUAGCCUUCACAAAUAGUUUCGUGUCCGUUGCCAUGGCAUCAAGCUGUCAAUCACUAAUCAGGGUACAGCGAAACGACACGUGCCCCAUAGUGUCGCAAUUACUGUGGCUUGCAGAAGUACUGGGGGCGACGUUUGGUAUCGUUUUAUCAUUCGUGCAACUGACAAUUUAGAGUUGAAAGAGCCCCUAAUAGUCAGAUUAGUGACUCGUUCUGAUGAUGACGUUGAGCAGAGAUCCACGUGACCUGCGUGGGUUUUCUGAUUGGUUGAGGACUUCAAACGAAAGUAACAACCAGGUUGCGCCAUUGUGCAAGCUUCUACGCUACGCCCUGAACA